CCAUCAAACGAAGACGAAGCCAGACAGGGAGACAGAGAGAGAGAGAGAGACGGUCAAAUGGAUCGAACACGACCCGAUAUCCCCGUACAUACAAGGGAACGCAAUAAUAAUAUCUUUCAAGUAUCAGGUGGGCAUGAUCCGACCCGUAUCUGAGUGCACGUGUUUUCUGCCCCAUCUUUCUCUCUCCUCCCCACAAAGACUCAUGUCCAGUUGUCCACUCUCCUUCCUCUGCUUUCUUCUUCUCUCCUCCAUGCUCUCUCUUCCCUUCUUCCAAAUUUUUGAUUAUUUUCAGAAAAAAAAACAGGAGAGAGAGACCUGUGAUGAUGCAGAGACGACCACGAGAACGAGAGAUCUCUUCGUAAGGGCUGCAAGGAACGCGGGACAGAGAGAUGCACCCGCACAAUCGGCUAUCGAGCAGCAGCGGCCACAACACACCAUCACCUUCACCACCGCAGUCGCCUCUCCGGUCGCCGAGGUGUAGGAGGGGGAAGAGCGGGAGGUUUACAGCAGGCCAUCAACCUCGGACACUCGCCCAGCGACUCGCCUGGACCUUACUUUCUUUCUUGCAUCGUCGCCAAGGCGUUUUUCUCUUCGCGCCUCUCAUUUACAUUGCGGGGAUGCUGCUAUACAUGGGCACGGCCUCUUUCGACGUCGUUCCGCAUAUCAAGCACCGUCUCGCGCCGGGUUCCGUUUACAGAAGCCCCCAAGUGUAUGAAAAGCUCCGGCCUGAAAUGGACUCCGAUAAUUCCUCCGCCGAUGGGUUGGCAACUGUGUGGAGACACCCUUAUAAAGGCGGUGAGUGGAGGCCAUGUAUAAAUAGGACAUCGGGAGGUUUACCUGAGUCAAAUGGCUACAUUUAUGUUGAGGCAAAUGGUGGCUUGAAUCAGCAGAGGACAUCGAUCUGCAAUGCAGUUGCUGUUGCCGGUUACCUAAAUGCAACACUUGUGAUCCCAAAUUUCCAUUACCAUAGCAUUUGGAAGGAUCCUAGCAAAUUCCAUGACAUCUAUGAUGAGGAUCAUUUUAUCAGUACCUUGGAAAAUGAUGUACGUGUGGUCACUAAACUGCCUGGCUUCAUUAUGGAACGAUUUGACCGCAACAUGAGUAAUGUUUAUAACUUCAGAAUAAAGGCUUGGUCUUCCAUUCGGUACUACAAGGAUGCAGUUCUUCCAAAGCUUCUUGAAGAACAGAUCAUAAGAAUUUCUCCUUUUGCAAAUCGUUUGUCAUUUGAUGCUCCUCCAGUUGUCCAACGCCUUAGAUGCUUAGCAAAUUAUGAAGCAUUAAGAUUCUCAAAAGCUAUAGCAACAUUUGCAGAAACUUUAGUUGCAAGGAUGAAGCUAAACAGUGCAAACAAUAAUGGAAAAUAUGUUGCAGUGCAUCUGCGCUUUGAAGAGGACAUGGUUGCUUUCUCUUGCUGUGUAUUUGAUGGUGGGGAGGAAGAGAAGCACGACAUGAAUGCCGCAAGAGAAAGAGGUUGGAGAGGAAAGUUCACAAAACCUGGUCGUGUUAUAAAGCCUGGAGCUAUCAGGAUAAAUGGAAAAUGCCCCCUUACCCCAUUGGAGGUGGGGCUGAUGCUUAGGGGAAUGGGUUUUGAUAACAGCACAUCGAUUUAUUUAGCAUCUGGAAAGAUCUACAAGGCUGAGAAAACUAUGGCUCCACUUCUUGAAAUGUUUCCCCUUCUACAAACCAAAGAAACACUAGCAUCUGUGGAGGAGUUAGCUCCAUUUAAGAACUACUCUUCCAGGAUGGCUGCUUUAGACUACACUGUUUGUCUUCACAGUGAAGUAUUUGUGACAACUCAAGGUGGAAACUUCCCCCACUUUCUAAUGGGCCACAGAAGAUAUUUGUAUGGUGGGCACUCUAAGACAAUCAGGCCUGACAAGCGAAAGCUAGCAUUACUGUUUGAUAAUCCAAAUAUUGGAUGGAAGACCUUCAAACACAAUAUGCUGAAUAUGCGGGCUCAGAGUGAUGCCAAAGGAAUUGAGCUCAAAAGACCAAAUGACUCGACAUACACCUUUCCAUGCCCAGAUUGCAUGUGCCGCAUGAACAAGUCAGAAGAAGUCAGAUCGUCAUCAGUUCCCUGAUUUGCUUCAAAUGAGAUUUUGAUGGAUUCCUUUUUGUUCCUGUAACAUGGUGUGCAGAUCUCAUUAUUGACUCAUUCUUUUUGCUGGUAUGAUUCUUUCAUUCUUCCUUUUGGCAAGAGGCAGCACUCAGUCAAAAUUUCAAGAUUCAGGGAUGCUGUAGAGCACAUUGCUCUCACAUAUACUGACAUACAUUCUUUUUUCGGGGAGGGAGGAGUUUGCAUUCCCAUUGUAUAUGCUGUUGGAAGAGGACAAAAGCAAAAAGGAAGAGUCUUUCAUUGCAGCUUCCCUGGAACUAACUGAACAAUCAGCAUUUUUUUUUUCCGUUAACAAUGCUGCAGCAAACAAAACAUGCAUUUUGUAUGCACCAAUUUUUUCUAGUGCUUGUAUAUUGAUUGUUUUGAACGAGAACCACACAUCUAUAAGACUGAAAAUUACCUUUGUAUACAUCGUCAUGUAUAUUGUAUGAGGAUCAAGGGAUUGAAUUUUUC